AUGGCCAUGCUAUCGACAAGACAGCUAGGAGAGAAUGGGCCACUCGUAUCUGCACAAGGUCUUGGCUUGAUGGGUUUGUCUAUGUUCUACGACAAGAGGCUGCCCGAUGAAGAUCGUCUGAACUUCCUGGACUACGCCCUCGCGAAGGGCGUUACUUUUUGGGACUCAGCUGAUGUCUAUGCUGACAAUGAAGACAUCCUCGCUAAGUGGUUCCGCCGAAGCGGCAAGCGCAAUGAUAUUUUCCUUGCGACCAAAUUUGGCAUCAAACAACACCCCGGCCAGCCAUCAUCCAUCCACAACAGCCCAGAAUAUGUGCGUGAGGCGUGUCUGAAAAGCCGUGACCGACUUGGGUUGAAGAAAGGCGAUGCGAUCGAUCUAUACUAUUGCCAUCGGAUUGAUCCCAUUCAACCGAUUGAAAUUACCGUUGCUGCAAUGGCGAAAUUGGUGGAUGAAGGCCUGGUUAAGUAUCUUGGACUGAGUGAAUGCUCUGCUGACACUCUACGACGCGCCCAUCGCAUUCAUCCUAUUGCAGCCGUGCAGAUUGAGCUGUCUCCUUUCGCCAUUGACAGCUUGAAGAAUGGUCUGAUGGAUGCAUGCCGUGAGCUUGGGGUUGCAGUUAUUCCCUAUUCACCAUUCAGCCGUGGGUUCUUAACUGGCAAGCUCCAGAGGCCAGAUGAUCUUGAUGAAAAUGAUCGUCGUCGCAUCUUACCCCGAUUCUCGAAAGAAAACUUCGACAAAAAUCUGGCUAUCGUAAGAGAAAUCGAGGAGUUGGCCCUGAAGAAGCAAUGCUCUGUCGGUCAACUUACUUUGGCCUGGAUAUCUGCACUAUAUGACAGAAUCAUCCCAAUACCCGGCACUACGAAGUCCCAAAAUCUGGACGAAAACAUCGGUAGUCUUCGUGUUGAGCUUACCGAAGAUGAUAUGGAGGCAGUAAACAGAGUUGCGUUCUCAGCGGACAUCCAGGGCGACCGUCACCCGAAGAGUAUGGUGCCCUAUCUGUAUGUGGAUACGGCUCCUCUAAAAGAGACAGAAGAGUGAGCUCGUCCGCCUAGUAUGAACAGGUAGAAUACGAUUCGGAUUUGACG